UGAGGAGGGUGUUUGUGCUUUAAAGCUGACGCUCCCGUCCCCCUCCCCGCAGGGAAGGCUGAGGGCGCUGCCGGCGCUGGAGUCCUUGUUGGGGUCCCCGCCCCGGAGCCUCUCUCAGCGGUCCUUCUGACUAUGAAUGUGAGGUGAGCUGAUUAAAAGGCUGUGACUCCUCAACAUAGAGUCACCUGAGGAAACAUCCCAGACCCCGAUCAGGACCGGGACCCAAUGGCUGCCUCUCAGAUCAAACUUGGAAGGCAGCCAUGUCUAACAUCCCUACUGAAAUGGGGUCAGAGGCUCAGGCAUCAGUGAAGAAGGAAAAUGCAGGUUUUAGGUUCACGUGGCUACAGCAUGAGCUCUAGAUCAGAGGGACCAUUGACCUUCAGGGAUGUGGCCAUAGAUUUCUCUCAGGAGGAGUGGGAAUGCCUGGACCCAGCUCAGCGGAAGUUGUACAUGGAUGUGAUGUUGGAAAACUACAGCAACCUGGCCUCCCUGGCUAUGUCACCUAAAGAUAACCAGGCCUUUAUGCCAAAGCCCGGAAUACAAGAUUUAUUCUCUGAAAUAAUACUGGGACCAUUGACCUUUAGGGAUGUGGCCAUACAUUUCUCUCAGGAGGAGUGGAAAUGCCUGGACCCAGCUCAGCGGAAAUUGUACCUGGAGGUGAUGGUGGAGAACUGCAGCAACCUGGCCUCCCUGGGUAUGUCAUCAGAAGAUGAUCAGGCCUUUAUUCCAAAGCCCGGAAUACAAGAUUUAUUCUCUGAAAUAAUACUGGUAAGAUAUAAAAGGUGUCGCUUUGAUAAUGCACACUUAAUGAAAGCCUUGGAAGAGUUAAGUAAAUUUUUCCAGUCUUUUCAGCAGUCUUCAAAUUACCAUGAACAAGAGAAUAUUCAUUCAGGGGAGGAGGCUGACAAAUGGAAUCCUUGUGGUAGACUUUCCAGUCAAAUAUUCAGUCUAACUAAAAUGAAAAAAUUCCAUAAUAGAGAAAAACCUUAUAAAUGUAAAGAUUCUGGUAAAAUAUCGAAUUGGCCUUCAGUUUGUACUCUAAAUCAGAAAAUUCAUACUGGAGAGAAGCCUUACAAAUGUAAAGCAUGUGGCAAAACCUUUAAAUGUCAUUCAUCUCUUACUGUACAUGAGGGAAGAAUUCAUACUAUAGCAAAAUUUCACAAACUCAGAGAAGAUGGACAAUGCUUUAGUCAGUCCUCAGGUUAUACUCAACCUCAUAGAAAUAAUCCAGGAGUAAAAUCUUAUAAAUGUUCAGAAUGUGACAAAGACUUUAGCCGGUGCUGUACCCUUAGUACUCAUCUGAGAAUUCACACUGGAGAGAAACCUUAUGACUGUAGAGAUUGUGGCAAAGCCUUUGGCAGCUCCUCAGACCUUAGGAAGCAUCAGAGAGUUCAUACUGGAGAGAAGCCUUAUAAAUGUAGAGAAUGUGGUAAAGCCUUUAGAUGGUCCUCAUAUCUUAAUACGCAUCAGAGAGUUCAUACGGAAGAGAAGCCUUAUAAAUGUAGAGAAUGUGACGAAGCCUUUAGAUGUUACUCCCAGCUUACUAGACAUCAGAAAGUUCAUACUGGAGAGAAGCCUAAUAAAUGUAGAGAAUGUGGCAAAGUCUUUAGAUGGUCCUCACACCUUACUAGACAUCAGAAAGUUCAUACUGGAGAGAAGCCUUAUAAAUGUGGAGAAUGUGGCAAACUCUUUAGAUGGUCCACAGACCUUACUAGGCAUCACCGAUUUCAUACUGGAGAGAAGCCUUAUAAAUGUGGAGAAUGUGGCAAAGCCUUUACAACGUCCUCAAAUCUUACUAUGCAUCAAACAGUUCAUAAUGGAGAGAAGCCUUAUAAAUGUGGAGAAUGUGGCAAAGCCUAUAUAUGGUAUUCACGCCUUACUAGGCAUCAGAGAGUUCAUACUGGAGAGAAGCCUUAUAAAUGUAGAGAAUGUGGUAAAGCCUUUAGAUGGUCCUCCUAUCUUAAUAGUCAUCAGAGAGUUCAUACUGGAGAGAAACCUUAUAAAUGUGGAGAAUGUGUUAAAUCCUAUAGAUCGUCCUCACAACUUACUAGGCAUCAGAGAGUUCAUACUGGAGAGAAGCCUUAUAAAUGUAGAGAAUGUGGAAAAGCCUUUACAAGGUCCUCACACCUUACUACGCAUCAGAGUGUUCAUGCUGGAGAGAAACUUUAUAAAUGUGGAGAAUAUGGCAAAGUUAGAUGCUCCUCAGAACUUAAUCCGCAUAACAGCGUUCAUACUGGAGAAAAGCCUUGUAAGUAUAGAGUAAGUGGCAAACCCUUUAGAAGAUCCUCAGAAGUCUUAUACCAUAUAUGUAGAGAAUGUGGGAAAACCUUCAGUGUAGCAUCAUACCUAAAGUAGAGAGAUCAUACUGGAGAGAAGCCUUUUAAAUAUAGAAAGUACGACAAAGAUUUUAUUUACUGUUUCUGCCAUACUAGACAGCAUAGAUUUCAUAGUUGAGAGAAGUCUUAGAGAUGUGCAGCGUUUCAUGAGUCCUUGACCAGCAGUGAGAACUUACUGAACAUCACAGAAUUCACUCUGGACACAAGCCUAAUGAAUGUGAAAAAUGUAAAAAAGCCUUGAAAAGUCAUUCAGGUAUUACUGUACUUGAGAGACUUCCUAACAGAGAGAGUCCUUACAAAUGUAAAGAAUAGGCUGGAGCCUUUACUCACACCUCAAAAUUUACUAAACAUCAGAGAUUUCAUACUGGAGGAAACCUUACACUGUAGAAAAUGUGAGAAAGCACUGGCUGGCAUGACUCAGUGGCUUACCUUGGACCACGCACCACAAUGUCAGGGUGCAAUUCCUGGUCAGGGCAGUGGCCCUGGUUGUGUAAGCGAUCUCCAGUGUGGGGCUGGUAGGAGCAAGCUGAUCCACGAUUCCCUCUUAUACAUAUUUCUAUCCCACACUCUUCUAUCCUCUCUGAAAUCAAUAAUAUAUUUUGAAAGAAAAAAAAAUAGGAAACCUUUAGUCAGUGUGUAUUCCUUCCUGUACAUCAGAGAGUUUAUACUGGAGAGAAACAUUGCAAAUGUGAUGAGUGAUAUAAUCUUUUUAUAUCAAUGGAGUCUCUUAAAAUCAGAGAAUUCAUUGUGAAGGAAAGCCUUACAAAGGUGAAGAAUGAGGCACAACUUUUAAUUAUCCUUGUCUUACUCAACACAAGAGAACUCGUAGUGGAGGAAACACCUAUAAAUGUACUGUGUGCAACUUUGAUCAGCAGUGGGGUUGCCUGCAUUGUGAAGCUUCAUUGUAGAGCGUGGACCCAUGAAGCAGGAAGUCAGUGUUCAUUUCCCGAUUAAGACUCAUGCCCUGUUUGUGGACUAUAUAUCCAGUAGUUUUCAUGCAAGAUGCAGCUGAUAGAUGAUUCUCUGUUAUCAUUGCUGUUUCUGUCUCUCUCCCUCUCCCUUCUCUCUCAAAUCCUAUACCAGUGAUGUAGUACAACAUAGGAGAUGUUUCAUACCUAGGAUGCAGAAUUGCUAUGAACUCUGCAUUGGAGAGAGGAAACCUGUUUCCGAGCUGCACUCCUAGCUGAACCCAGAAAAUUAAGUUUAUUUCUUUCAUUUCCUAUUUCAUAUUCUCCGUGUUAUGUUUUUCUUUUCUCAUUUUUCUACUCAGCUGAUACUCUUUUCUGCAGUGCUUUAACAAUGCUGUCUAAACCUCUUCCCCUCUGUUCUGCAAUUUAGAAUUUUACUAUUGCAAUAACUGACUUCAGAAUUUGGCAAUAUCUUUCUCUAUAUUCAUGCAGUAGAAAGGUGACCAUUGAUGUUUCCAUGCUGGAUUCUAGAUUUUGAAUAUGAAUGUUAAUUUUUGGAUUAUAAUAAAUUGGCUUCUGAAUGCUUUA